AUGGAGUUCAAUUUUGAGAACCCAUUUCAAGAACAAGAGCUCAAGCCUAUUGAAUGGCUCUUCGAAACCGAAACACAAUUCAUGGCUGCUCAGGGUUUCUUUCAAAAUGAUGAAGCUCGCCGUCUAAGAAAGAUUGCAGUCAAGAAAAUACGACAAUUAUCGCAGAAUGGCGGUUUUCGUCAUGAUCCUUUCGUAUCGUUUCUUGCUGUCAAUUACUACGAUCGGUGCAUUUCAAGCUACCCACUGCCGGGUGAUGAAUAUUCAUAUGGGUUGUUUAUUAUCAGCUGUGUUGUCAUUGCUUGGAAGAUGAGGAAGAGUGGCUUUUAUCUACCUGUGUUUCUGGAAACAAACAGGCUCUACAACGUGGAUUAUAGGCAGAUAGAGAGAAUGGAACAUCGGAUUCUCUACGCACUGAAAUGGCGAAUGCGAUCGGUGACAGCACUGUGCUUCCUUGAUUUCUUCAUCUCUUUCUACAACUUCACUGAUAUUCAAGAAAUUGCAACUUUCAAACGCCAGAGUCUUGAAUGCAAAUUGCUGCACAUGCAUUAUGAUGCGAGAUUUACAGAGUUCAAGCCAUCCACAAUUGCAGCAACAGCACUUAUAGCUGAAAGACCAAACAUUGCUCCACCACCGGCAUUUUCCUGCGAACCUUUAUUACGAUGCCAAUAUUUGAAUAUGGAUGAAUUGGAGAAUUGCCACAACUUAUUAAUGGCUCAAGUGAGAUCCAACGACCUAAGAACUUAUCUUAUUCCACCAUCACCAUCAAUGGAUGCAAUCGCAGAAGUAGAGGAUGACGACCAGAAGAGGCAGAGGUCAAGGAAGAGGAUGAGAGAACGAGGACUGGUUUAA